AUGUUGGAAGAGAACUAUACAAGAAUCUUUGAUGUCUGGAUUGUAGGAUUACAAGAUCUUCAAGAAAUAAAGAUCAUACUCUUUAUUUUUUUCCUUGCAAUAUAUUUAAUUACAUUAAAUGGUAACUUUCUGGUUAUUUUAUUGGUUUCAACCAGAAAUCAGCUACACAGACCAAUGUAUUUCUUGCUCUGUGGUUUAUCAUUGUCGGAAAUUACGUUUACAACCAACCUAAUACCUUUGUUUUUACAUAUUAUAUUGGAAGAAGGGUCCACAAUUUACCUAACAAGUUGCUUGGCACAGUUUUAUGUAUGUGGUUCUUUAGGAGCAACAGAAUGUUUUCUUCUUGCAAUGAUGUCAUAUGACCGUUACAUGGCUAUUUGUAAGCCCUUGCACUAUGCCUCUGUCAUGACUUUAAGGUUUUGCCAAGAACUAAUCAUCUGGUCAUGGGCAGGUGGAUUUAUGUCCAUGUUAAUAAUACUUGUGAAGGUUUCUCAAUUAGAGUUCUGCAGCCCAAAUAUUAUCGAUCAUUUCUUUUGUGAUUUUGCACCUAUUAUGAAGCUCUCCUGUUCGGAUACCUCAUUUGUUGAAAUUGAGACUUUUAUUUUCUCAUCAUCAGUAACCCUAUUACCAUUUAUAUUUGUCAUUGGAACUUAUAUUUGUAUCAUUGACACUAUUGCUAGAAUUCCUUCUGCCACUGGCAGGAAGAAAACAUUUUCCACAUGUAGCUCACACUUGGCUGUUGUGUGUACAUUUUAUGGAACUCUCAUUUCAGUUUAUGUGGCUCCUACUGGGAGACUGCCAAGUAACUUUAAUAAGAUUUUAUCACUUAUUUAUUCAGUGGUCACUCCUUUGCUAAAUCCCAUUAUUUAUAGCCUAAGAAAUAGAGAGAUAAAAGCAGGUGUGCAAAAAUUAUUAGAUAAUGUAAAAUAA